AUGACUCAAAUAGAGACUGAUCAGAGCCAUCUAUUGAGCACUCAGUCCACGCUCAGUCCAUACCCAAAGAAGCCCUUUGCCCCACAAUUCUGUUUAUUUGCGAACUACUUUUUGAUGGCCAUCAUUUCUCACCAGCACGAUGACGCAAAUUGGAAGGCAUGGAGUUCAUCUAUCACGGGGCGGCAUAGGAGAAAAGUCUUCGGUCAUAUUAUCCACGCAAAUGAUGUUCCUGGGAUC